AUGGAUCGAUAUAAAGAUGGCCCAAAGGAUAAAGAGCUAACCCUCCUUCUACCGCUCUCCUUUGGUGUCUCCUCGUUAUCGCUUCUUCACCUGUUAGACGACCAGCUCGAACACCAGCGAGGGAAUGAAUAUAAACGAGUUCCGUACAAGCUGCAUGUCCUGUCGGUGGAUUCUCCUACUUUAGACGCCCCAGAGGAAUCGAAAGACACAAGACUAGAAGUACUGCGGUCGACGUUCCCCGAAUUCACCUUUACAGAAAUCCCUCUACAUUCGAUCUUUCACUACGACAAAAAUGUGGAGGAGUUUAUGCUGCAACACUCAUCUAAUAGAGAUAUAACCGACUCAUCAAUAAAAGACCAGGAUCGGCUGGAGGCGUUCCGGUCCUCUCUUUCUACAGCGACUUCUAGAGCGGACUUUGACUGUGUAUUGCUGAGGAAGCUGGUUGUUGCGUUUGCAACUUCCGAAGGGUGCGAUGGCGUAUUAUGGGGGGAUUCUGAUAGUCGGCUUGCAGCAAAGACCUUAGCGGGAGUUGCGAAUGGCCGAGGGAUCGCGUUGCCCUGGGAGGUAUGCGACGGGCCAACUCCAUGGGGGGUACACUUCACCUUCCCUGUCAGAGACAUCUUCAAGUCAGAACUAGUGCAAUAUGCAUCCGUCAAGUUCCCGGAUUUACUAUCGAAGAUUGGAUCUAAGAAGCCGAAAGUCUUCAAUGACCAGGUUACGAAGAAUAUGUCCAUUAGCGACUUGAUGACUCAAUAUGUUGAACAGCAGGGAGAGAAAUAUCCUGGAAUCAUGGCGAAUAUUGUCCGAACAAUUGAUAAACUACAGCCAUCGCAGUUACACUCCGGCCCAAAUUGUGUCUACUGUGGAGUACCGUUAGAGUCGGGCCAGAUGGAUCCAGCGACUCUCAGCAUCCUCGAAGAACGAAACCUCAUAGAUGACGAGAGCCACGUGAAAGAUACUGCCACAUGCUAUGGCUGUGCUAGGACAUUUCUUGAUUUUAAACGGCCGGCUGUUACUUCGAAAUGA